UUUUCUUUGGACUCGCGUUCAUUAAGUCUCGUUUUCUGUGCGCGUUUGUUUGUGAUGUUGAGCGUUCUUCUUGAAACGGACAAUGUGCUCUACUUGAUCAUUAAAGACCCGGACGACGCUCCACUCUCGUCAGGGAAAGAUGAAACGGUCCAAGACACUCUCGAGGAAGGUGCCGGGGUGGUGGAGCCCGUGUCUUCAGGAAACGUCAAGCUGGUCAACCAAGUCCGACUUCUGUGCGAGGCCUCGACUAGCGCCCCGUCUCAAGAACUCGCCGACCUCCUCUUGCGGCCUCACCUUCUGGCACUCCUCGAGACCCACGACACCAUCGCCGAUCGCAGACACGCGGGCGACGCAGGCACCUCCAACGGCUACAACAACGGCCUCAACGGCUGCCACGACAACGCCACCUUCAUGCCCGAGGAAAAUGGCUACCCGGUGGACGCCAUCCGGAUGGUGGGCCUCCGGAAGCGCCCCGACGAACCGCUGGGGCUGACGGUGCGGGAGGACGAGAGCGGCUACCUGGUCAUCGCGAGGAUUAUGGCGGGCGGCAGCAUCGACAGACAGGGGCUCCUGCACGUCGGCGACGCCAUCUGCGAGGUGAACGGCGUCGAGAUCAACAGCCUUCACCAGCUACACGAAGAAGUGGCCAAGUGUCGAGACUCCGUGACGCUGAAGGUGCUGCCGGCCCUCCACGACCCGCCGGCGCCCAACCAGGUAACCAGCACCCUCCACCCAGACGCAGCCAGGGCCAUUUGCUACAUGCGAGCUCUUUACUCGUACGACCCCACAGAUGACACUCUCCUGCCCACGUGCCCCUCACAGCAGCCACUGGACAUUGGCCUCAAGUUCGAAAAGGGUGAUAUUCUGCAGAUCGUUGACCAGUCGGACCCGAACUGGUGGCAGGCGCAGGUCGUGGGCUCCGGCAGCAAGCGCACGGGCCUCAUCCCCUCGCAGGAGUUGGAGGAGCGUCGCAAAGCCUUCGUCAGACAGGAGUAUGAUUACGUGCAUAAGAUCGGCAUCUGCGGCACGAGAAUCUCGAAACGGAAGAAGAAGCUCAUGUUUUCCACCAAGAAGAGCACAGACUACGACCAGGCGGAGCUCCUGCUGUACGAGGAGGUCGCCCGGAUGCCGCCCUUCAUGCGGAAGACCCUCGUCCUCGUCGGCUCCCACGGCGUCGGCAGGAGAACGCUCAAAAACAGGAUCAUCGCUUCGGAUCCUUCCAAAUUCGGCACCAUCAUUCCUCACACGUCCCGCCCCAUGCGCGAGCUGGAGGUGGAUGGCAAGGCCUACCACUUCACGACGCGGGAGGCGAUGGAGGCAGACGUCCGGCAACACAGGUACCUGGAGUAUGGCGAAUUCAGCGGCAACCUGUAUGGCACCAAGCUCGACUCCAUCCUGUCCGUCAUCCGCUCGGGCAAGAUGUGCCUGCUCGACUGCUCGCCCGCGUCCUUAAAAUACCUUCGCAACUCUAGCGAGAUGUUGCCCUACGUCAUCUUCCUCGCAGCGCCGGGGAUGGACCAGAUCAAGAGCCUAUAUAACAUCGGCAGUUCCAUGGGCUCAUCCAGUCGCAACCUCACCUUCGACCGCAGCAGCUCCAUACGCUACAGCUCCCGACGUGCCAGGACAUUAGAGUCGCUGGCUUCGUUGUAUGAGGAGGAUGAUUUUAAGCGUACAAUGGAAGACAGUGCGAAGUUACAGCGUGCCUACGAUAAGUACUUUGACAAAGUUAUCAUAAAUAAUGACCUAGACGAUACAUACAGCCAAAUCAUGGACGCUAUUGAACGCCUAGCAAUGGAACCCCAGUGGGUGCCCGUGACGUGGGUAUACUAGCACCCGUAUGCCUCUCAAAGCAAGUUACAUGUACGUGUUGGCAUGACCAUAAGUGUUACCACGAGCAACGGAAGCAAGAAAAGCCACAGGAUCUGUGAUUUUGCAUCGGAAAUGAUUUUUUUUUUUUUUCUGAAGAGUUCGCAGGAACAGUUCGACCACUUUGUGCGUUUGUAAGUUUAUUUCUUUUGGUGGAAGAUUUGAACGUACUGAGAAGCUAGGCUGUCAAGUCUUCCAGUGUAAUCAAAUGUGGCGUCUCCCACUCAAGAGCCAUGAAUCAACGUUUGAGCUAAAAGACGAUAGAUAGCUUGUCUUGUGAAAGGUUUGUCAGCAAUAUUCAUUCUGUCUGACAGCGAGAAGAAGGAUAGACUCAGAGCUCAUUAAGUACCCAUAGAUAUUAAAGAUGUGCUGUACAAUAAAGCUUUGUCAUCAUGAUUUUGGGACUGUGCAAAUAUUUGUCAUUUUUCAUUUGAUAUUACUUGUUAAUAAUUCAAGACUUCUAUUCAAUAUCAUUUUAACUGAAAACUUCUAUUACCUUAAACACACACACACACACACACACACACACACACACACACACACACACACACACACACACACACACACACACACACACACACACACACACACACACACACACACAACUCCUGAGUCAGAUGCAUUUUCUUUAGACCAUUUUUUAAAGAUAUUUCUCCAGGUCUUAUACAUAUUUAGAAAAUGCAAUGAACAUGUAACGAUGCAAGAAUUUAUGUUGUCAAAGAUUUAGUCAUUAAACUAGUACAGUGAUCGCAAAGUCCUUAGCAUUUCAUCAUGUGAUAAACAUGGUCUUAGAUGUUUAUUAUCAAUUAAAUGAUGGACAGACUUCAUGCUUACAUCACUUAGCUCAAGUACAGGGAAUGUUUUUGGUCUUGGAGACAGUUGAAAGGGAAGAGAACAGUAUAAUUUGAAAGAAUAAUUGAUAUUUAAUUUAUAUAUAAGUUUGACGAAUUAAUCAGGAUUGUUUUUAUUCAUAUUCCCUCCUUCGUACUUGAUACAUUUCAUUAUUUUCCAUCGACUACCCAGUGAUUUUAAGAGAAAAUUUUGAGGAUUAAAAAUGAUAACAAUAAGGAACACGUGUGGGAAAUUUGAGUCUUUUUCCAACCAAACAAAUUUAAAGAUCAAGGUUUUUGAUUAUGACCUCGUAUUCCCCCUUUUUUUUUAAUGAUUCGGCGCCGUGACAACUCAAAAGUGAAGAUCAAGUUCCACUUUUCUUAACGUUUCUUAAAUACUAGAGACAUUAAGUGAAUCGAGACAGUUUUACGGCGAGCUUACAGUAAUCUGAACAUAACCUAUGCUUAUGUAAAGAUAAAUACGAAUGUGACAAGUUUACUAUAAAACAAAAUCCAGCCUAUUGAAAUAUUGUAGAGACAUAGUAUGUAAAUAAGAGUGUUUGGAAAGAAUAUUAAACUACUGGACUCUGCAUUCAGAUAUCUAUGCUUGGUAAGGAUAAAUAUUCAGAAAACAGCUCGUCACCUCUGCUAUUCUUAUAAUAGCUGGCGUACUGCUUAAUCUAAUGGAGAUUCUGUGAUGUCCCUUAUACUAUUUUAAGGCGUAUGUAUAUGUAUGUAUAUAUUAUUGUAUCCUAUGGGACACAGUUUGAGUAAGAUUUCUUUCGUGUGUCGUUUGUCGUUGCGUUUAUUUUGUGUUUUAAGUCUAUAGGAGCAUUAGAAUUGUUGAUAUCAUUUUGGCUUUAAAUACAGUUUGCUUUUGUAACUAUAGGUAAACCACAAAUUCAUCUUAAACUAAGUUACAGGAUAUUUUUUUUUUUUUUUUUUUUUUUUUUUUUUUUUUGAGAACACUAAUGACAUGGAAAAUAAGCUAACUAUGAGUAGUCGGCUAAUUCUUUUAUUCAAACUUUCAUUUUCGUGGAAGGAAUUCUCGAAUUUCUUUCCAAAGAAUUACUCUCAAGAUCUGAAAUAAUUCCAAGAAUAUCUGGAAUGAUUUAUAAAGAAGAAAAAAGAGGAAAAGUUAUUUUGUUAGGUCCAUAGGUAACUUGUAUAUUUAUUGUCCUGCCUUUUGAUAAGGAUUCUGUACUAGGAACUAUAGCACACUCUUGCUCCUCACUCUUCUCCCUAGUGCUGACUCGUGUGGCGUUUUCUAGGGACGAAGGAGAUCCGCGUCUUGCUACAUUCUGCACGUACGUGUUUGCAAUGAACAGUAAGAAUUAUCAUAGAUACAGUAUCAAAGGGUAUGCAAUAUAUAUAUAUAUAUAUAUAUAUAUAUAUAUAUAUAUAUAUAUAUAUGUAUGUAUGUAUAUAUAUAUGUAACUAUAUCAAUAUCUUGAUAUAUUGAUAUGAGAAUAUAUUUGCAUCAGGAUAAGAUAUAUGAUAGGACUAAUAUUUGAAACCUCAGACUCCUGUCUCCCAUGAGAGGUGGCAAUGUGUUGCGUAAUCUUGUACAAUUACUUGAGCAAUGCAGCUGUUCACUGUGUGAGCUCUUUUACCCUCUUAUAUAGUUUUAUAUUUAUGUUUAUACAUAAAAAAUAAAAUGAUAAAGCUUAAA